ACUUCCUCCACAUUGACUCCCACAGGUCUCCAUCCUCUUGCUCCAUCCUUUAAAAAGGAAAUCAAUGCCCCGGUCAAGGAACACUGGGGACUCAUGUGCCCUACCUGAAGACUCGAGCCACAACGCCAGGUCCAGGAGAGGCAUCCAAAGAAGCCACGCCAGCAGAACGGCACAGGCACCCUCAGCAAACAUGAAUGAUGCUCUACUGUUGCCUUUCCGCAUCAACACCCCAGGUCUCAGCUUAACCCAGUUCAUACUGGGAUAUAUGUCCUGGCUCACCUGCCUGGCCUGCUUCCUGAGGACUCAGGCCCAGCAAGUCCUACUUAACACCUGCAGGUGCAAGUUGCUCUGUCAGAAACUCAUGGAGAAGAUGGGCCUUCUGGUCCUCUGUGCUUUCGGUUUCUGGGUGUUUUCCAUGCACUUACCAUCAAAAAUGGAAGUCUGGCAGGAUGACAGCAUAAAUAGCCCACUGCAGAGCCUGAGGAUGUACCAGGAGAAGGUACGACAUCACACUGGGGAAAUCCAGGACCUACGAGGUAGCAUGAACCAGCUCAUUGCCAAACUCCAGGAGAUGGAAGCCAUGUCCGAUGAGCAAAAAAUGGCCCAGAAAAUCAUGAAGAUGAUACAAGGUGAUUACAUUGAAAAGCCAGACUUUGCCCUGAAGUCCAUAGGGGCCAGCAUCGACUUCGAGCACACGUCAGCCACAUAUAACCACGACAAGGCGCGCUCCUACUGGAACUGGAUCCGGCUGUGGAACUACGCACAGCCCCCGGACGUGAUCCUCGAGCCCAAUGUGACACCUGGCAACUGCUGGGCCUUCGCCGGUGACCGUGGCCAGGUGACCAUCCGUUUGGCCCAGAAAGUCUACCUGUCCAACCUUACACUGCAGCACAUUCCCAAGACCAUCUCACUGUCAGGCAGCCUGGAUACCGCACCAAAGGACUUUGUCAUCUAUGGAAUGGAGAGCCCCCCCAGGGAAGAAGUGUUCCUGGGGGCAUUCCAGUUUCAGCCAGAAAACACGAUCCAGAUGUUCCCACUCCAGAACCAGCCACCCAGGGGCUUUGCUGCUGUCAAAGUGAAGAUCUCCAGCAACUGGGGGAACCCUCGCUUCACCUGCCUGUACCGUGUGCGUGUGCAUGGCUCUGUCACGCCUCCCAGAGACUUGCACCUAGAACCCCUGUCCUAGAGAGUAAAGUGUAUUAUUUGGUCCCAGCCAA